AUGAUGCUUCUUACGAUUGGGUUGAGUCUUUUAGCUAUAAAAGAUCAAUCUCCUAUCAGGGAUCGAAGCGCUGCUGUAUACACUGCGAGUGACGGCUCUCCAAGUGACAACUACACCAGCGGUAUUCGCCGUGGUAUUUUUGCGCUACCGAUUCAACUUCCACAACAACAGGAUUCGGCAUGCCUAGCAAGCGACAAUCAGUUGAAUCCAUGGAAGUGCGCAUCCAACUCAACCUUUCAACUCAGUGUACUCCCUGCCCCGGCAGGCAACGAAACUUCAACUAUGAUAGCGGUAGGGUCACCAUCCAACGACACCAGCGUUCGUCACGGCGAGGGCAUACCAAACAUCCCGCCCUUGGAAUUGUCAGUGGUUGCAGGUGCUAGGAACGAAGAUGGGUCUACCUAUCAUUUUCGAACUACCUACGACAAAGUCGUGUUGCUCGCCGAGGAUGAGUUCCCCGUCGAUGGGCAGUUACAAGCCCAUCCUUCGGCGCUGGGUGAUCCGUUCCAGCCUGGGAGUAACCUGUGGCAGUGCGUCUUCAACGAGACCCUGCUUGAAGGUUACAUAUACGUCACUAGAGUGACAAGCACUGCACCGGAUACCGCCAAAACUAAGACUGCAGGACUUUCGGACUUCCCUUACUCCGUGAGAUUAUUUGAAGAAUGGGCGCCAGGUGGCAAGACGCCUUAUUGUCAGAAGGUGACUAUGGGAUCGGACGGCACCCUGGCUCCACUCUCAGAAGAGAUAGCGUUGCGCCUAGAAGACUCUCAGGGUAAUCUUGCAGCCUCCAUGUCACGAUCCACAAAACGUACCGGAGAUCGAGAGCAACGACAAGAGGUGCGCGCAGAUCACUGUCAGUGUCAAUGGCUGGUUGAUGGGUAA